GAAAGAUUUUAUGAGCGGGAAGUGAUAAUAGCAGACAGAGAACAGGUUGAGCAGGCAUCUGAUGAUCUUUUUGCUGGAGCUGGCACAAGCGAUGUGGCUCUCCUUGUAGUUGGUGAUCCCCUUGGAGCUACAACUCACACAGACCUUAAAUUGCGAGCUUACCAGUUGGGAAUACCAGUAGAGGUUAUAAGUAAUGCUUCUAUUAUGAAUGCUGUAGGAUGCUGUGGCCUUCAACUAUACCAUUUUGGUGAGACUGUAUCUAUUCCAUUUUGGCAAGAUGGCUGGGAGCCUGUGAGCUUCUGUGAGAAAAUUAAUCGAAAUCUCAGAAAGAAACUUCACACCUUGUGUCUUUUAGAUAUAAAAGUGAAGGAGCAGAGUCUAGAAAACCUUCUGCGAGGAAGGAAAAUAUUUGAACCACCACGUUACAUGAAAGUUCAUCAGGCAGCACAGCAGCUAUUGGCAAUUUUAGAGAGGCACAGUGCUGCUGCAUCAGAUAGUGGGGGAGGAGGCAUGGUGACUAACGAGUGGAUAUUAACAGGAAAUACCAAAUGUGUGGCUGUUGUCAGAAUUGGUACCGACACUCAGCAUAUUGCCCACGGGACUUUGAAAGAGAUGGCUGAUUCUGACUUUGGUGAACCUCUUCACUCACUUAUCAUUUGUGGAGACUGUCAUCCUAUGGAAGAAGAGGCGGUGGCAAAGUUAUCUGCUUAUUAUAAUGGCCACCAUCGUGAAAGAUGUUCUGGUCGUAAAGGUACCCUUAAUAUUGUGGGCUUAGGACUUGGUCAACCAGGAGAUGUGACAGUGAAAGGUCUGGAAGCCAUUCGUAAGUCUUCUAGAGUAUUUCUUGAAGAUUAUACAUCAGUCAUGACUGGUGGUGUGGAAGCCUUACAAACUGUUUUUGGCAAACAAAUCACUGUAGCAGACCGAGAUUUAGUAGAAAAUAGAUCACAUGACAUACUGGAAUGCACCCGCAAUGGUGAUGUUUCAUUCUUAGUUAUUGGUGAUCCAUUUGGUGCAACAACUCACAUUGAUUUAGUUAUCCGUGCCUUAAAUGAAAACAUUCAAAUAAACAUGGUUCACAAUGCUUCUAUACUAAAUGCUGUUGGAUGUUGUGGCUUACAGUUGUAUUCAUUUGGCGAAACUGUGUCAAUACCCUUUUGGAAUGGCGAAUGGCAACCUGAUAGCUUUUAUGAUAAGAUAUGUAGUAAUUUGGAAAAUGGAUGGCAUACUCUCUGCCUCCUGGACAUUAGAGUUAAAGAGCAGAAUGUGGAAAACCUUAUGAAAGGCCGGAAUGUACAUGAACCACCAAAAUACAUGAGUGUCUCCAAAGGAGCCAGUCAGCUCCUGGAAGUAAUUGAAAACCGAGCAUCACAAGGGAAACCAACACCAUUUGGACCUGACAACCUUGUUAUGGGCCUUGCAAGAAUUGGAUGCAGUACUCAGCAGUUGAGAGCCUGUACCUUGGAAGAGUUGGCCAAGGUUGAUAUGGGUGAACCACUUCAUUCGUUAGUUGUUGUUGGGGAAACUCAUCCAAUGGAAGAUGAGUAUAUUGACAUGUUUAGAAAGUAGCACUAUUUGACAGUUUAUAUUUACUUAUCCUGGUACGUUAUUGUGGUACUUGGCUGUAUGGUACAGAUAUUAUGGAAAUUUCUAUUUAAGCAUAAAGUCUUGUUAUUUCUAGAUAGAAAAUGGUGCCAUAGGUUAUUUUUUUUAUACAAUAAUGUUUUGUUUGCUCGUUCCCAUUUUUACAAGAUUUUGGCUCAGGAUUAUUUUUGUUUACAUUCUGUUGUGGUAAGGCACUUUCUUUCCUUAUUUUACAUCAGCAUUUCCCUUGAAUGGGUCAGACAUGAAUAAAGUUCUCUCCACUUGUCUGUGUCCUGUGCUAUUUCAACUGGAGCUCCCGCCAAUUCCUCAUUCAUAAUACAGUCUUCCCAUCAUGUUCUUGAUGUGAACCCUAACAUUUCAUGGUCACACUUUUUCAGAAUCUUCAUUUUUUUAUGUUGUGUCAAUGUUUCUGUUGCUUAAGAGUAGUACAACCCUUAUGAACACAGUGUAUGUCUUUGCUGUUUCUACUAAAGAAACAGUUUAAUUUUCCAAAAGCUUAGCAAUCUCUGUUUCAUCCAUUGCUGCUGCUACUUUCUCUUACUGCUCUCUCUCAACACCUGUUUCACAGUCCAU